AUGUCGGACGACGAGCGCGUUACCAAGCCCUUCAAGUUCGUCACAGGUGUCGACGCCCGCUUCCCAAACACCAACCAGACCAAGCACUGCUGGCAGAACUACGUCGACUAUCACAAGUGCAUCCUUGCCAAGGGCGAGGACUUCGCCCCGUGCCGCCAGUUCUGGCUCGCAUAUCGGUCUCUUUGCCCCAGCGGUUGGUAUCAGCGAUGGGAUGAGCAGAGAGAGGCUGGAAAUUUCCCCGUUAAACUUGAAUGA